AUGGAGUAUGGCGACAUCAUCGCUGAGUUUUCCGGGGCCGGCGCCACCACCACCGAGUCUUUGCAGGCACAGCUAGUGCGAUGUAUGGUGAACGAGCGGAUGGCGCCCGAGGUGCUCCCGUUCGCUACCGAUGUGAUGGCGCGGGCGCUUCUGGGGCUAGAACGCCAGCAGCAGUGGUUGCUCGACUGCCACGAGCUCGAGCUGACCGACUUGGACUUCAAGCUCCAGCUCAUGGUGGCGGAGACCGAGAUCGAGCGCCUCAACUACUUGGUGCGGGUAUACUUGCGGACACGGUUGGCCAAGCUCGACCGGUUCACCGCGUUCUACUUGAGGGACCAGCAGCUGGUGCUCAGUGAAGACGAGGUCGACUACGUCACGCGCCACUUCCGCAUGCUCAAUCGGUUGUAUACAGAGAGCUUUCUCAAGCGAAUGCCGGCGGAGCUUGCGCUUUUGGACGAUAAUAAAGGUGGCGAGCAAAUGGUCGAGACUCCCGAUUUGGACCAGCCGGUGUUUUUCCAGUACGUGGGCACGGUGCUGGUAGAGUUAGAGCUUGGUGGCGAAGAUGUUUUGGAAUUACACCAAGGAGGCAUCUACGUCGCCCGCUACGCUGCGAUUAAACCAUACCUUGAAACUAAUGAUGUCAUCCUAAUAUGA